UCCACUUUCUAUGCCCAAAGUGAUUCAGACUCUGGUUCUAGUUUUCGCCCCUUUUAGAAAAGGAACACUGUAACUUCAGAUCACUUUGACUAUGUUCAUACAUUUCAUCUCCUCGGUAGACCCCCCACGCAUAGCUGGAUGGGAAACAGCUGGAUCCGCCUCCUCCGCAAAACUUGGCCAAGAACUUUGUUCAGAUUGAGAUGCUGCUCGCUGAAAACUAACUUUGGGUAACUCUGGUUCCCCUUGUCUUACGACCCGUCACCCAGGAAAAGUGAAGAGGUACGUGAACCGACUUCCCUGGGGACUACGGAACCGUGUGACGCUGCUUACCACAAGAGAAUGGCCAGCUGGAAAAUCCCUUGUAUUAUCUGUGCGAUAGUCUUGACUUUCACGCAUCAGGCUUUUGCAUUCACAAAACCAAGAUCCAAUUUAUGCAAGUGGUGUGAAAACUCGAGUCCAGUUUGUGUAGCAAAUGUAUGCUACAGUAAUUGCACUUUUAACUCCUUUUGUGAGAACAAAGAAGAAAUUUGUGUUGCCAUUUGGAAACACAAUGGAGAAGGCAUCAGUGUUAGCACAUCAUGUCACCACCCACAUUUGCCGGUAGAAAAUGUUACGGUUCCAUAUUAUAACACUUCAGAAUGUGUCAUGAGUCAGCAAGCCAACGCAGAUGGAGUAUUCUAUAUAUGUGGAUGUACAGAUGAGCAAGACUGUAAUGACAAACUUACGUUUAAAACUGAACAUAAAGUUUUUCAGAGUGUCAUAAACAGGAAGACUAAUUUAUGCAAAUGGUGUGAGCAAUCCAUUCCAGUCUGUGAAGACAAUGUUUGUCACACAAACUGCACGUUCGGUACCUACUGUGAAAAUUCGGAAGACAUCUGUGUGGCUCUUUGGAAACAAGUGAAUAACAGCAUCAGCGUGAGGACGCUUUGUCACAAUCCACAGUUUCCACUAAUGAACAUCAUGGUUCCAAAGAGAAGAGAUUCAAGGUGUGUGAUGGCCAAGCAACACACUGAAGAUGGCUUUGUUUAUGUAUGUGGAUGUGUGGAGGGCCAGGAAUGCAAUGAUAAGCUCAUUUUCGAAAUUGAUCCAGAUGAUUAUGCAACACUGCAAAGCAAAGAAGUUAUUCCUGUGGCACUACUGAGUUUGCUUCCUCCAGUGCUGGUUACUGCAACAGCUAUCAUUAGUUUCUAUCUUUACCGAACUCGUCGGCAAAGAAAAUUGAAUAGCAACUGGUCUCAGAAGAAAUCAAUGAAUGAACCUCUCACUGUAUCUGAAAAUGGAAAAGAAGGUGGCUAUGAAGGGAAACUUCUUGGUAUGGCAGAUGACAUUCGCAGUGAUAUUAGCUCUGCUUGCGCUAACAGUCUUAAUCACAACACAGAGCCACUGCCCAUUGAAUUGACUGAGAAAAUACGAAAAGGACGAUUUGCUGAGGUUUGGCAAGCAAAGCUGAAACACUGCUCCUCUGGACGGUAUGAAAAUGUUGCUAUCAAGAUUUUUCCACAUGAAGAGUAUGCCUCAUGGAAAAAUGAAAGGAAGAUAUUUUUAGAUGCAAAUCUCAAACAUGACUGUGUACUUCAGUUUCUUGCUGCAGAGGAAAGAGGGAAAGGAGUACAGAAACAAUACUGGCUAAUCACAGCCUACCACAGCCUGGGGAAUCUGCAAGAUUAUUUAACUCAUCACAUUCUAAGUUGGACACAGUUACAUGCAAUGGCUAGUUCAGUUGUAAAUGGGGUUGCUCACCUGCACAGCGACUGUACUAACUGUGGAACUCCUAAAAUUCCAAUAGCUCAUCGAGACAUAAAAAGUACUAAUAUUCUGAUUAAAAAUGAAAGGGAGUGUGUGCUUUGUGACUUUGGACUUGCUUUGAGAUUGGACCCAUCUUUAACUGUUGAUGACUACGCAAAUAGUGGGCAGGUCGGUACUGCCAGAUACAUGGCUCCUGAAGUCUUGGAAUCAAGAGUGAACUUAGAAGAUGUUGAGUCCUUCAAACAGAUAGAUGUCUAUUCCAUGGCCCUGGUUUUAUGGGAAAUGGCUUCCAGAUGUGAAGCCACUGGUGGAGUUAAGAGUUAUGAACUACCAUUUAGCUCCAAAUUCCAGGAACACCCUAGCAUGGAGAGCAUCCGAGACAUUGUACUUCGGGACAGAUGUCGACCAGAGAUUCCCAAGAACUGGCUGGAACAUAAGGGAAUGCAUUUCCUGUGUGAUACCAUCAUAGAAUGCUGGGACCAUGACCCUGAAGCAAGACUUACUUCUCACUGUGUUGCAGAGAGGUUUAGCCUAAUGGCACAAAUGGACUGUGAAGACCUCAUCAACAAUAACACAGAAAAAGAAGACAGCACAGUGGGUCUACCGACAGCAGACGGAGUCACUGAUAGGCAUGGAAACAUCCAGUUAGUAACAGAAGUAUGAACACUUUCAAAUCUCA